AUGUCACCGUCACCAACAUCAGAGCGUCCCAAAUCUGGGCAACGUUCCCAGGAGGAAUCUGCUAGCUUAACCCCAGCUGGACGGGUACGCGCAUCAGACGUUUCUCCGAUUCCUCCAAAACCGCCAGAGACUAAGACGAGCAAAAGCGUAAAGUUUAAUGAGGAAAGCCCCAAGCGUGAAGAGAAAAGCAUCAAGGAUAAAGAGCUAAGCGACAAACGUAAAGAGCAGAGCGCCAAGCGUAAAGGGCAAAGCGACAGGCGUAUAUUGCAAAGCGACAAGCCUAUAGAGCAGAGCGCCAAUCAUGAAGCAGAAAAGUCCAGCCCUUCAUCUGGUAAACAUUCAGAAGGACAACCGUCAUAUAAAACAUCGGUACCACCACCAAUACCACCACCAAUAUCACCAUUACCAACAUCAGAGCGUCCCAAAUCUGGGCAACGUUCCCAAGAGGAAUCUGCUAGCUUAACCCCAGCUGGACGGGUGCGUGCAUCAGACGUUACUCCGGCUCCUCCAAAACCGCCAGGGACUAAGACGAGCAAAAGCGUAAAGCUUAAUGAGGAAAGCCCCAAGCGUGAAGAAAAAAGCGUCAAGGAUGAAGAGCAAAGUGACAGGCGUAAAUUGCAAAGCGACAAUCCUAUAGAGCAGAGCGCCAAUCAUGAAGCAGAAAAGUCCAGCCCUUCAUCUGGUAAACAUUCAGAAGGACAACCGUCACAUAAAACAUUGGUACCACUACCACCACCACCUAUGUCACCGUCACCAACAUCAGAGCGUUCCAAAUCUGGGCAACGUUCCCAGGAGGAAUCUGCUAGCUUAACCCCAGCUGGACGGGUACGCGCAUCAGACGUUUCUCCGGUUCCUCCAAAACCGCUAGGGACUAAGACAAGCAAAAGCGUAAAGCUUAAUGAGGAAAGCCCCAAGCGUGAAGAAAAAAGCGUCAAGGAUGAAGAGCAAAGUGACAGGCGUAAAUUGCAAUGCGACAAUCCUAUAGAGGAGAGCGCCAAUCAUGAAGCAGAAAAGUCCAGCCCUUCAUCUGGUAAACAUUCAGAAGGACAACCGUCACAUAAAACAUCGGUACCACUACCACCACCACCUAUGUCACCGUCACCAACAUCAGAGCGUCCCAAAUCUGGGCAACGUUCCCAGGAGGAAUCUGCUAGCUUAACCCCGGCUGGACGGGUACGCGCAUCAGACGUUUCUCCGAUUCCUCCAAAACCACCAGGGACUAAGACGAGCAAAAGCGUAAAGUUUAAUGAGGAAAGCCCCAAGCGUGGAGAGAAAAGCAUCAAGGAUAAAGAGGAAAGCGACAAACGUAAAGAGCAGAGCCCCAAGCAUAAAGGGCAAAGCGACAGGCGUAUAUUGCAAAGCGACAAGCCUAUAGAGCAGAGCGCCAUUCAUGAAGCAGAAAAGUCCAGCCCUUCAUCUGGUAAACAUUCAGAAGGACAACCGUCACAUAAAACAUCGGUACCACCACCAAUACUACCACCAAUGUCACAGUCACCAACAUCAGAGCGUUCCAAAUCUGGGCAACAUUCCCAGGAGGAAUCUGCUAGCUUAACCCCAGCUGGACGGGUACGCGCAUCAGACGUUUCUCCGAUUCCUCCAAAACCGCCAGGGAGCGAGACGAACAAAAGCGUAAAGUUUAAUGAGGAAAGCCCCAAGCGUGAAGAGAAAAGCAUCAAGGAUGAAGAGCAAAGCGACAAGCGUAAAGACCAAAGCGACAGGUACAAAGAGAAAAGAACUAAGCAUGAAGAGCAAAGCGACAGGCGUAAAGAGCAAAACGCUAAGCAUGGAGAGCAAAGGGCCACGCAUAAAGAGAAAAGCGCCAUGCGUGAAGAGCAAAGCGACAGGCACAAAGAGAAAAGCGCCAAGCAUGGAGAGCAAAGUGCCAGGCAUGGAGAGCAAAGCGACAAGCGUAAAGAGCCAAGUGCUAGGCAUGAAGAGCAAAGCGACAGGCCCAAAGGGAAAAGCGCCCAGCGUGAAGAGCAAAGCGCCAAGCGCAAAGAGAAAAGCGCCAAGCGUAAGCAAAACAGUGGUUCUACAGUUGCUUCUUCCGCUUCACAGGCAGCUCUAGAAUCACAGGGCGCUUCGUCUAGUGGCAUGCUACAAGUUUCUUGGGGUAGUUCAUAUCAUUCUCUCAACGAGAUAGCUGGGCGCGCUCCAAAUCAAGCUACCAGUGUGCAACAAUCAAACCAGGCUGCUCGAUCAGCUGGUUCGCAUCACCAUCCUUCAAUUCCGUAUCAUUCAACUUCUCCCCCGUCACCAUAUGAAAUCAGACUGGUUUUCCACGAGGACGAUCGACCAUCACUUAUAGGAUUUGAACGGAACGCCUCUGACAGAACAUUGUACCGUUCUCUUUCGGACCUGCCAUUCACAGAUCCACGACCGGCUCACACAUACAGGGAUACGUCCGAAUCUGUACCAUUCGGGAACAUAGAUGACUUCCUAUAG